UUCCACCCCCAUUCAAAGGCAAAAUGUGAUCCUGCACUAACCAGUCAGCGCCACCUAUCAAAUCCGCGUCCAACUAAAGGGUAGGCCUGAAAUAUGACUGGAAUAUAUAACGAAAAAGGCCGUGAAUAAAAUAAUAAAAUAGCAAUUCUGUAUUUACUUCCUUAGCAUUCCCUGCAAACAACAAACGUGUUACGAAGAGCUUUGGUGCAUGAAAUUAUAACAUGAACCAGACACGAUAAAGGGAAUAUAUAUCAGCGCCAUCUAUUGAAGUCACGUCCUAAUAUAAUCGAUGCUUCCUCCCGAGCCCGGAAACUGUCCUUCCUUUGUGCUUAAUGCCUGAAGCAACAACGAAAAUUAAAGCAGGAUCUGUUCUGGUUAGUGAAUCAGUGAAUUAGACUGCCAUCAUGGAUGAUUCAGGUUUGGAGGAAAAUGUGGAGGACAGUGCAUUGGAAUUCAUUACUGUUAAAGAAGAGAAUAUUGAAGAUAUUAGUGAUGAGAAUUGCCUGGGAAUAAAAGAAGAAGUAAUUGAAAAUGAAGAUAAACAUGUAAGGAAUGCUAUAUAUAUAAAGACUGAAAAUUUAUAUAGGAGUGAGAUUCCAAUAUCCAAACAAACAAAGUUUGAUGAUGGGGAAGAACAUGAAUGUGAUUCAGAUAAUUCAACUUUAGCAUAUGAAGAUCCACUAAAAGUGGUUCCGUCAGCAGUUGAUGAUUAUGAGGACAAAAGCUCAUCAGAUGGGGUUCAUAAGGAAGGUCGGGAAAAGGUACCAAAUAAAAUAGCAGAAGCAAUUGGGAAUGGUUUAGUUUGUGAUGUAUGUAGUAAGAAAUGUAUAUGUAAGAGUCAGCUUUUAAAUCAUAUGAGAGUACAUACAAGGGAGAAGCCAUAUACUUGUGAGGUUUGCAGCAAGGGGUUCCCUCUGAAACAUCAUCUUGUGGUACACAUGCGGAUACAUACAAAGGAAAAACCUUUUAGUUGUGAAUUAUGUAGUAAGUCAUUCUCACAGAAAACUACAUUAGUGAAGCACAUGAGAGUACAUAGAAAUGAGAAACCAUACACCUGUGAGGUUUGUAGCAAAGCUUUCUCUGACAGAAGUAAUUUAAUGAAGCACAUGAGAAUACAUACCCAGGAGAGGCCUUAUAGUUGUGAGAUAUGCAGCAGUGCAUUCUCUCAAAAAACUGUGUUAAUAAAACACAUGAGAGUUCAUACAAAGGAAAAGCCUUUUAGCUGUGAUGUUUGCAACAGACCUUUCUCAGAAAGAAGUUCUCUACUUAGACACAAAAAGUUGCACAACAAAUAAGGUUUCCUGCAUCAUCUUUAAAAGACAUAAGAGUGUAAAGAGAUGCUGUACAGUUGAUGCUUAUACCCAGUAGAAUAUGAAAUACAAUUGGAAUAUAUCUAUAUAUAUUGAAUAAAGAGAAAAUGUUUUACUAUAAUAAAUGCAGAAAAACAGCAAAAACAAAUAAAAAGGAUAUAAUGAUACACUGUCAAUAGCGCCACAUAAAACCACAAUCAGAAAACUAGAGAAGGAACACCUGUACACUAUACUGUAAUUAUUUUGUGUAAAUAAUAACAUGUAAUGCCUUUUUCACCAACCCGUUUGUGUUAUGAGCCGCUACUCGUAGGUAUUAGUGACUUCCCACCUUGCUGGCCAUACAGGGAGAACAGAACCAUCACCAAUGCCUUGAUUUCACAACAAUAAACAUGACGUCUAGACUUGUGUGGCCCUCCUCACGGGUAUUUGUCAUUUGCUGUAGAAACGGGGGUCCAUCGAUUACAAAAACGAGUUUGUGGGUUUGUUCGUAGUUCCUGAGAAGGAAUAGUAGAAAAGUGUGUCAUAAUCUGCUGUAAGCACUUUGUUUGGAGGAUAAAUACAGGCAAGCUCUUCUGAAGAACUUGAAAGUGCCCAUGGAAACUAUGAUGUCAUGAAUACUCAAUCGAAUUUCUGUGUAAGAAGUAUAAGCACAAUAAAGAAUACAAGGAUAUAAAAUAAAUAAGUAAAUACAACAUUAAAUCAAAUUUAUGAUCAACCGGACAAUACAUACCGCCUGCUUCUAUUUCCGACCAAGGAGAUCAUGCUACCUCGGAAAUUGAGGGAAGUGGAAAAGUUGAAGUUACUGGCGACUUAAUGUUGAAAAACGCUCGUAUGACCGCCCUUGCAUGAUCCUGAUUUCAUUGAUGUUGCAUAUGGAACUGUUCGUCCAAAGCUGUCGGGAAGACCGUUCAACUUGUCCAAACAGUCGACUCAAGACUUCCAGAGAGCAAACUAGUUGGACGAGUUGGGUAGUUUGUGAACAAAAAAGAUGUCAGGCGUCACAAUGUAAUGACUUUUUUGAAGAAUCAGCUAAAUUGUGUUUUACAGUGAAAUUCAGUAUGCACACAGCUAUUUUCAUGUAGCAAUUACACAACAACUCAUAUUUAUACGAAAACUGACAUUGGCAUUCAGUUUGUUUCUUUGCCAGCUGAGUAUUGCAGAGAGCACCGAGCAAAAUCGAUUUGUCCGUCCGAGCGAGCUAUUCGAGCAGUUCCGAAUGCAGUAUCCCUUGUGGCCAAAAACAGUUCCUAAGAACACCCGUCGAUAUCCUGCAUAAUAGAAGAAAUAAUUCAUCAUUCAGUGUGUAUUCAUCCCUCCUAACAUUACUCUUAAAAGUGAAAUUUGCAUUGGUUAAGCCUUACAAGAACCCAAGGAGUUAUUAAUUAAAGGGCUGGCACAUGCUAUGUUAUCAACUACAGAUGGAUAUUUCUUGCAGUUCAUUAAAAUAUGUAGAUGGUCAUAUCAGUUUACUAUAUUUGAUCGAUCCUAUACCUACAUAGAUUUGUAUUUCCUCACCAUACAGUAUUCUGUACAUAUACAAACGUGUUUGUACAUUCUUACAUAAAUGUAAAAACACAUAUUCAUUUAUAUACAUCUUUAUACAUAUACACAUAGGUAUAUACAUACACUUACAUACACAUGUAUAUAUGUGUGUGUAUGUGUGUUUUAUGUAACUACGUAAAAUGGCAGGUUACCUCGUUUUAUCUACGGUGUAGAUGCUGUACAACAAUCAGAAGAUAUUUCACCCACUGGCAUUUUGCUCCCCGUGCUAGGUGGAAAAAAGGUUUCGCUAGUCGAAGGUCUUUUGCUUCUGUACUUUGAAUAAAUGUGAUGUAAA